AAAAGAGACACACACACACACACUUCUGAAUACUGGAGAGCCCGGAAAACAGCACAUCAGCUGAACACACCAACCAGUGGAGGGGCGGGCAGGGACAACAGCAGACGAGGUGAGACUGACACUGUGUGGGUGGCCAAACUGACUGUCUGCAGGUGCACCAGGUUACUGAGCAGAGACAAAGAACAAUUUAAGACGUCCUUGUUCAGAUUGGGCCAGACUGUGCAGCCUCAUGGCCAGUAACAACACAGCCAACAUCGCUCAGGCCCGUAAGCUGGUGGAGCAGCUCAAAAUGGAGGCCAACAUUGACAGGAUAAAGGUGUCGAAAGCGGCAGCAGACCUCAUGUCGUACUGUGAAGCCCAUGCUAAGGAGGAUCCUCUGCUCUCACCGGUUCCUGCCUCUGAAAACCCCUUUAGGGAGAAGAAGUUUUUCUGUGCUAUUCUGUAGUUCGCCUGUCCAGGCUAUGGAGCCGCCCGCUCUCUCUGAGACACUUGCACAGCUGUGUAACCUGUUAAAGAUCUUUUUUCCAGCACUGUAGAGGGGACACUGCUGACUCCUCCCCUCUUUAUUGGCUCCAUGUGAGUUCCUGAGUCAUCCAUUGGCUGUGUACAGAGGAGCAAGUCUGACUGCUCUGCAUGUUUACAAACACCAAUCAACCAAUGAGAGUGAGGGGCGGAGCAAACAUGACUGACAGUUAAGCUCACAGGUCUCCAGGAUGUGUUGUGAAAAUUGAAUAGCAAAUCUGAUUGUGUGGUUCUGUUGGAUUUUUUUCUGAGUGUUUUGUUUGAUUCAUUUUCAGUAGUAAGACGAAGAAUCAGGUC